AUGAACGACAGAUACAGCUACGUGACACCAGCAAAGGUCAAGUGCUUGUUGGUGCCGAUAAAUGGCUGUUCCCAGUCCAAUUUUGAUAGAUACGUGGAUAUCAUACGAAGCAGUGCUAGUGAGGUCAGACUAUUGGACAUCACCCCCAACACAGCCCUCCAUUACUUCAAUCCUCAGACAUUUCCUAACGGUAGAAUAAUAUUUGACUUCGUGACUACUGCCCCUGAUAGCGAAUCAAUAUUUUUGCAUGAUUUCGAACCUUUCAGAAAGACUUUCAUUAUCUUGGGAAUAGGCAAAUACGCCUCCCAAGUGGAUCCCCAAGAAUCCAUAGCUCAGUUGAAGAAGCGAUACCCCAGCUCGAUUGUACAUAAGUUGAUUUCAUUCGACACCCCCAACCCUGAGCACAAGCAUGCCUCCGACGAUCAACUUUCCUUCUUCCACGAUGGGUCCAUGGAUCACAAUAUUACCGCCAUGGAAACUAUUAUGUGUGACGUCAGUGGCCAUUUUUUGUCUGCCUUGGAUAACUAUGCAUCAUCAUACUCAAAUAUCACAUUGAGGUCUCCUGUGUCUAUUACCGAUAGUCAUACGUUGACCAAGACUAUUCAUCAGGCUCAGAAAAGAUUGAGUUCGGGCUCGACCUCUUUCAAAGCGUCAUUCUCCAGCUCCAAUCCGAAUCAGCCACCCACCACUGACCCGAAAUCUAAACCGCAACAACGUCAUAUUGGCAGACAGUCGAAAUUGAUGGGGAAUCUUUAUCUAUUGGCUGGUAAAUACAAUCAAGCAUUACAACUGUUUACAGAUUCUUUGGUCAAUUUAAAGAAGUGUGAAGAUUUUCUUUGGCUUGGAAGUGCGUUGGAAGGCAUUGGAAUCAGCUGCUUAUUAUUGCAAUACGUCCAUCUGGCAUACCAGCUCCCAAGUCAAACAAUUUGUAGCGUUCUUCAAAUCUCAAAAAGCAAAUUGCACUCAUUGACUACAGCAUCCGAUAGUGAAGUCUCGUCCCCUAAAAGAAUGUCUGUUGAUGCACCUUCACAUAGCAAUGGACGUACAUCGAUCCACCUUUCCAAACCGUCACAGAACCAAAGAAACUCAAAUCUUUCACCAAGAAAUUCUACAAGCAGCAAUUUGAGUUUUAACUUCGGCUCCAGUCCAGAUUUGUCCUCUUUGCCAUUACCAACAUUCAUCAAGCUCAUUUCUUCCAAAGUCAUGCAUUUUUACAAUCUUAGUACCAAUGAUUACGAAAACAUGGUGCCUGAUAUAGUGUAUGUGGAGUCUAUAUUGCGUACCAUAAAGUACAUGAUUGGCAUCUACUUAAGUGGUAAUGAAUUGGACUCGAGCGUUAUUGAUCAUAUUAUCAAAGCCACAAGAAUUCCUGAGCAUGCUGCUGAUAAGAAUCAUUUUCUGAAAGCAGAUAUCCUAGCAGAAAUUGAGAAGGUUUUCUCAUUACAGUUGGUGGAUAUGGGAAUCACUGAUCAAUGCCGUAUUUAUUGCUCAUUAGCAUCAAUGUACUCGGACUUAAGACUUUAUAGAAAACGGGCAUUGAUCUUAAGAACAUUGUUGGUGGGAAUUUUGCCUAAGUUGGAACAACAUGUUCUUCAAACACAGUCAGAUUUGGAUGAAAUUACCACCAGUAUCAAUGGUUUAGCGGAUCGGAAAGAUCAAACUUCAAGUAUCCGGGAUAUCUUUAAUUAUUUGUUUGCCACAUAUAAUAUCAAUUGCGAAUCAGAAAGUUAUUCUGAAGCAGCGUAUGACCAUUCACAAGGUAAUUGGACUGCGUUACAAAUCCUGUUGAUCAGACUAUGUUUGAGAAUAUCUGAGAUCCUUAAGGAUUGGUCCUUCAUACUAAAGUUGUGCACAUUAUUGUUAACCCGAUUCACGCAUUGUUUAACUGCAGAAGAUCAACAGAAGUUGAAGGAGAAGAUCGAUAAUUUGAUUUAUCUUUCGAAUCGAAACAAAUUGAAUCUUUCAACUAGUUAUUGGGAUCCUUUCUUGGUCAGAAGAGUCAAAUUUAUUACAAACCGUCAUAAAGAUGAACUCGUCUCGUUCCUCGAAUACGAACAAAUAAACAAAGGGGGUUUACCAAAGUCAGCCCCGCUGACAAAUGGACCUAUAAUCUUCAAUCCAUACACCAAACAAAAGCCUUCGACUGUUAACAAAGAUAAACUAUUAAUCAAGGACGAAAUCUACCAGCUUAAGGUCCAGCUUCAAAAUCCAUUCGCUUUUGAAGUGGAAAUAACCAAUAUAUCCAUUGUCACUGAAGGUGGCGUACGUGUGCAGACUUUGAGGAACAAUAUAAAGUCUAUGGAUCAACCCAUUACAAUCCCGUCAUUAUCCAAUACCUCAACAAUCAAGGUAAAUGGCUUGAACAAUAAAUUGAGAAGCAACUCGAGUAUGUUAAAAAAGCCACCAGCUGCGCAGUCUCCCUUGAUCUCAUCUUCACAGGGUGUUUCUAAUGCUCUAGUAAUACCUCCAACUUCGCUAGAACAAUUCCUUGUCACAUUCAGACCAUUAGAUGAUGGGGAUUUGACUAUUAUAGGAUUUUACAUCACCAUUGAUAAUUGUGAAGAGCAAUUCUUUAAGAUCAUCGACAAGGAAAUCCUGAAACAAAACUUCAAAGUCAAGCCUCUGAAGUCGCCUGAGAAUCAAAACGAAAUAAUCGAAAAAGUGAGUCGUAAUUUGGAAACCAGUAACAUUGAAUCUAGGGUUGAUUUAAAAAGCCUCUCCCUAACAGUUAUUCCUCCACAACCAAGUCUCUCCUUAACACAUGUCCUGGUAACUAAUGGCUGGAUUAUGUUAUUAGAGGGUGAGCAAAUUCCAUUCUCGAUUUCAUUAACUAAUCAUUCUAAUGAACUUAUCAAUUAUCUCUCGUUCUCAUUUUGGGACUCAACUGUUGAUGCUCUCAAUAAAAAGCUCAAUAGUAACGUUGGUAAUCAACUAUCAGCAUCGGAUAUCUAUGAAAUUGAGUGGCACCUUUUGAAAUUUAAACCAUUCAAAAUUCUCAAUAAGGAUGUUAUAAGCAAGAAGUAUGAAAAAAUUUUACCCAGGAGUGAUAUUACCAUUGAUUAUGAAAUUACUGCAAAGCGUGGGAUUAGAGAACUGAAAAUCAUAUUGGAAUAUGCCCAUAAGUUGGCAGAUUUAUCUAAGUCUUUCGUGAAAUAUGUGCAAGUCCCAAUCAACUUGUCCAUAAUGCCAUCAUUGGAAGUCGUCGGAUGUGAUAUUCUACCCCUUUUUUCCUCUUCAUUACACGGUUUUGAAGGAUUAAAGAGUGAGUAUACUCAUCAAAACUUGGAGGAAGUUUUAAAAUUCAUUACUAGCAUUAUCGAUUCCGAUACAAAGGACAUCAGUGAUUAUUGCUUAUUGAUAAUUGACUUGCGGAAUUCGUGGAACGAAAAGCUUGUAAGUCAUUUGGAAUAUGCAAUUGAAAAAUCGGUAACAUUCGAAGUGGAGGAUCUUAUUGAGCCUGGAAAGACCUCAAGGUUCUUAUUGCCAAUGAAGCGUAUCUCCAAUGAGGACAUCGAUUUAUCGAAACCAAUUCCAUCUUUAAGAAAUAAACAAUUUGUGAAAAACUAUUCCCUUAGUGAACAAGAUGAGAUGCAAAUGAGAGAAUUAUUUUGGUUGCGAAGUGUUAUAUUGGAGAAUUUGAAAGGAACUUGGAGAUCAGUUGGUGACAAUGAUGUAAGGCAUGGUUAUACUGAACUUCGUAACAUUCGUUUGACUAACAAGAUGGCAAAUAUCCUGAUCCAUAAUCCUAUAAGAAUAACCAGCUCCAUAUUCUCUGACACAAGACCCACUGAACCUAUCAAGAAGGUAGGAACUCAAUAUAUUUUAAAUAUUGAAGAGUUCUAUUUCUUGAGGACAACGAUCAUCAAUAACUCGAAUGUUAAAAUCAAGGGAAUUCUAAGACAUCUUCCAUUUNCAAUUAGUGGGUUGAGCUCCUUGAGUUUGAACACUCCAAACUACUCACAAAUGUCACUAGACAGAAGAAUAUUGAUAAACGGUGUUCUUCAGAACUAUCUAGGUGAGGACGGUGUUAAUCCUGGGGACAGGAUGGAUGUUGACAUUAGCUUUGUGAUCUUAGAGAAGGGUGAAUAUGAAUGGGGCUCGGUUUUGGAAGUCAUGAACUCCAAUACUAUUCAAAUAACUGAAAGAGAACCGAUCAGCUUGUGUGCUGUCUAA